UGGCAGGGCAGCAGUGGCCGCGGCGGCGGCGGCGGCGGGGCCGGGAGCGAGCGAGCGAGCGAGCGAGCGGGCGCGGGGGAGCUCCGAGGCGCCAGGCCCCCGGGGGAGGGCGGCCGGGGAGGCAGGCCCCCCGAGAGACCUGUCGGGUUGGAUUUGGGGGCCGAGGGGGCGCCUGACCACGGACCUCGUUCUACAGACGCCCCCCAGCCCCGGCCGCUGACGGGGGGCUGAGGGGCGCCGCCAUGCCUCUGCCGCGGUGACGCGCGGGGCGGUAAGGAGAACCGGGAGAGGAACCGUGACGAAGACCGCGAGGAGAACCGGGAGAGGAACCGUGACGAGAACCGCGAGGAGCCGCGCGGUCUCCCCGGGGAUGUCCCUCAGGCGGCCGGAGAAAGCGACUCACUCGAGCCCUGGGGUAUAGGCCUAGCUUAUCCAGCUUCCUUCCUUCCUCCUCCUCCUCCUCCUCCUCUCCCUCCCCUCCUCCUCCUCCUCUUCCUCCCCUCCCCCUCCACCUCCCCUCGUCGUCCUCCCCUCCGCGUCUCUUCCCUCACCCUUCCCCGCGCCCCCAUCUUCCCUCCCUCCCCUCUAGCAGCGAUGGCAGAGGAACAACAACAGCCGCCACCACAGCAGCUCGAUGCCCAUCAGCAGCUUCCCCUCAGCGCCCCCAACCCCGGGGUGGCUCUGCCAGCCCUUGUGCCCGGGCUGCCAGGGACAGAGGCCAACGCUCUGCAACACAAGAUCAAGAACUCUAUCUGCAAAACUGUACAAUCUAAAGUGGACUGCAUUUUGCAAGAAGUUGAGAAGUUUACAGACCUAGAGAAACUCUACCUCUACCUUCAGCUGCCUUCUGGUCUUAGCAGUGCAGAGAAAAGUGAUCAGAAUGCCAUGUCAUCUAGUCGGGCACAACAAAUGCAUGCCUUUUCCUGGAUUCGAAAUACCUUAGAGGAGCAUCCUGAGACUUCACUCCCCAAACAAGAAGUCUAUGAUGAAUACAAGAGCUAUUGUGACAAUCUUGGCUACCAUCCAUUAAGUGCUGCUGACUUUGGAAAAAUCAUGAAAAACGUCUUUCCAAACAUGAAGGCACGCCGUUUAGGCACUAGAGGCAAAUCUAAAUAUUGCUACAGUGGACUAAGGAAAAAAGCUUUUGUUCAUAUGCCAACACUGCCCAACCUUGACUUUCAUAAAACUGGAGAUGGGUUGGAAGGAGUUGAACCAUCUGGGCAGCUUCAAAAUAUUGAUGAAGAAGUUAUCUCUUCUGCUUGCCGUCUUGUGUGUGAGUGGGCCCAGAAAGUGUUAAGCCAGCCAUUUGACACAGUCUUGGAAUUAGCCCACUUCCUUGUAAAGAGUCAUUAUAUAGGCACCAAGUCAAUGGCAGCUCUGACUGUGAUGGCAGCAGCACCGGCAGGACUUAAAGGAAUUUCCCAGCCUUCUGCUUUUAUACCUACAGCUGAAAGUAAUUCCUUUCAACCUCAAGUAAAGACUUUGCCAUCUCCAAUUGAUGCUAAGCAGCAGUUGCAACGGAAAAUUCAAAAAAAGCAGCAAGAACAGAAACUACAAUCCCCAUUGCCAGGAGAAUCCUCAGCAAAAAAAACAGAAGGCACUACAGCCAAUGGAGUGACUAAUCUACCCAAUGGGAACCCUGCGAUCCUUUCUCCCCAGCCCAUUGGGAUCGUGGUAGCAGCUGUCCCUAGCCCCAUUCCGGUCCAGCGGACAAGGCAGUUAGUAACUUCACCAAGUCCGAUGAAUUCUCCUGAUGGCAAGGUUCUUCCCCUCAAUGUGCAGGUGGUCACUCAGCACAUGCAGUCUGUGAAACAGACACCAAAGACUCCUCAGAACGUUCCAGCCAGUCCUGGUGGGGACCGUUCUGCCCGGCACCGCUACCCUCAGAUCUUACCCAAGCCAGCAAACACCAGUGCGCUCACCAUCCGCUCUCCUACAACUGUGCUCUUUACUAGCAGUCCCAUCAAAACUGCUGUGGUACCUGCAUCACACAUGAGUUCUCUAAAUGUGGUGAAAAUGACAACAAUAUCCCUCACACCCAGUAACAAUAAUGCGCCUCUUAAACAUUCUGCCUCAGUCAGCAGUGCUACUGGAACAACAGAGGAAUCAAGGAGCAUUCCUCAGAUCAAGAAUGGAUCUGUUGUUUCUCUUCAGUCUCCUGGGUCCAGGGCUAGCAGCACUGGGGGAACUUCUGCUGUGGAAGUCAAAAUGGAACCAGAAGGUUCAUCAGAUGAGCAUCCACCUCUACAGUGCCAAGAGAACUCUGAGGGGACUAAAGCUCCCCUGACAACAUCUAGUGCCCUUUGGGGGCAGAAAAGUAAUACAGAUGGAACAGUACCAAAACCUUCUAAUGAAGGUCUCACUGAAGUGAAAACAACUAAGGUCUGUGACCAGAGGACCAAAUGUAAAAGUCGCUGUAAUGAAAUUCUGCCAGGCAUCUCAGCAGGCAAUAAUCAAAGCACUGUUACUCUCUCGGUUGCUACUCAGAACUUACCUUUCACCAGCACCAGCUCACCAUCUAAUGGUGACUCAGUAAAUAAAGACCCUAAAAUAUGCACUAAAAGUCCAAGAAAACGACUGUCUGCUACAUUGCAAGAGUCUCAGGUGCCUCCUGUAAAGAAACCAAUUGUGGAACAGCUUAAUGUAGUUACUAUAGAAGGUCAGAAACCGGGCACUGUUAAAAAGGACCAAAAGGUUCCACAUUCAGGGAAAACAGAAAGUUCAACAGCAGGUGCUCAGAUUCCUAACAAAGUGUCAAUCAGUGUCAGUUCACAAAUUAUAGAGGAUCAGUCCUUGAACUCUACUCUUGUGGCCAGUGAAUCAGUUCUGGAGCAGCAGACUACACCAUCAUCAUCUCCAGAUGUAAAAGUAAAACUUGAAGGGAGUGUCUUUCUCUUGGACCAUGAGUCAAAAUCAGAUGGCAGCUUUAAUCAUAACGAAUGGCAACAAGUUACUAAGGAUUCUGACUUCAUUGCUGCCAGCUGUGAGCAACAGCAAGAUAUUAGUGUUAUGACAAUUCCUGAGCAUCCUGACAUCCAUGAUUUAGAGAAAUCUGUUUGGGAAUUAGAAGGGAUGCCACAGGACACAUACAGCCAGCAGCUACAUAGCCAGAUAUCAGAAUCUUCUCUGAAUGAAAUACAAGCACAGUCUUCAGAUCAGUUGCCGUUGCAAUCCGAACUGAAAGAGUUUGAGUCUUCUGUUUCCCAGACAAAUGAAAGCUACUUUCCUUUUGAUGAUGAACUUACACAAGAUAGCAUUGUGGAAGAGCUGGUGCUUAUGGAGCAGCAGAUGUCAAUGAAUAAUUCACAUUCUUAUGGUAACUGCUUGGGAAUGACCCUUCAGAGUCAGUCAGUAACUCCAGGAGCUCCAAUGUCAUCUCAUGCUUCCAGCACUCACUUCUAUCAUCCAAUCCAUAGCAAUGGCACUCCAAUUCACACACCUACACCUACACCCACUCCUACACCAACUCCAACCCCAACUCCAACCCCAACAUCUGAAAUGAUUGCUGGGUCUCAGAGUCUGUCACGGGAGAGCCCUUGUUCCAGGCUUGCCCAGACAACACCUGUGGAUAGUGCUUUAGGAAGUAGCCGACACACACCCAUUGGUACUCCUCAUUCUAAUUGCAGCAGUAGUGUCCCUCCAAGCCCUGUUGAAUGCAGGAAUCCAUUUGCAUUCACCCCAAUAAGCUCCAGUAUGGCAUAUCAUGAUGCCAGCAUUGUCUCAAGCAGUCCUGUGAAACCAAUGCAAAGACCCAUGGCCACUCACCCUGAUAAAACCAAGCUUGAAUGGAUGAAUAAUGGGUAUGGUGGGGUUGGUAAUUCAUCAGUUUCUGGUCAUGGCAUUCUCCCAAGCUAUCAGGAACUAGUAGAAGAUCGUUUCAGGAAACCUCAUGCUUUUGCUGUGCCCGGACAGUCAUAUCAGUCUCAGUCCAGACACCAUGACACUCAUUUUGGUCGUUUGACUCCCGUCUCUCCUGUGCAGCAUCAAGGUGCCACUGUAAACACCAACAAGCAAGAAGGGUUUGCAGUCCCCGCUCCUCUUGAUAAUAAAGGAACUAAUUCAUCUGCCAGCAGCAACUUCAGGUGCCGGAGUGUGAGCCCUGCUGUCCAUCGCCAACGGAAUCUUAGUGGAAGCACCCUCUAUCCUGUGUCUAAUAUCCCACGGUCUAAUGUAACCCCCUUUGGAAGUCCAGUGACCCCAGAAGUUCAUGUUUUCACAAAUGUUCACACAGAUGCAUGUGCCAACAACAUAGCUCAAAGAAGUCAGUCAGUUCCGUUGACAGUCAUGAUGCAGACAGCCUUCCCAAACGCUCUGCAGAAGCAAACAAACAGUAAAAAAAUCACUAAUGUUUUGUUGAGUAAACUCGAUUCUGACAAUGAUGAUUCAGUGAGAGGUUUGGGAAUAAACAACGUGCCCUCCAAUUAUACAGCCCGGAUGAAUCUCACUCAGAUUUUGGAAACUUCCCCUGUUUUUCCUAGUGCCAAUUCACAAAAUAUGAUCGAUUCCAGCACUUCUGUUUAUGAAUUCCAAACACCAUCUUACCUCACCAAAAGUAAUAGCACCGAUCAGAUCAGUUUUUCUCCUGGAGAUAAUCAAGCACAAUCCGAAAUUGGAGAACAGCAGUUAGAUUUCAAUAGCACUGUUAAAGACCUGUUGAGUGGAGACAACCUGCAAACCAGCCAGCAGCUGGGAGGUCAGGUGGCAUCUGAUCUCACCAACACUGCAUCUGAUUUCCCUAGCGACAUCAGGUUGUCUUCUGACCUCUCAGGCAGCAUCAAUGAUUUGAACACCUUAGACCCAAAUCUACUGUUUGAUCCAGGUCGUCAGCAGGGACAGGAUGAUGAAGCCACACUGGAAGAAUUAAAGAAUGACCCACUGUUUCAACAGAUUUGCAGUGAGUCUAUGAACUCUAUGACUUCAUCAGGUUUUGAAUGGAUAGAAAGCAAGGACCAUCCUACUGUUGAAAUGUUGGGAUAAAUUGUGUUUUAUAAUAUGUAGCACACUGUAUCUAAAGACAUAUGUAUUGUAUUUGUCUUAAUGGAAGUGCCUCCCGCAGCAGAAACACUAUUAAUUGUGACAUUUUAAAAGCGUUUGCUGCAGAAGUGGUUUCUUCUUCAGUAGGAAAUGGUUAGACUUGCCUCAGUUCUGGACACGUUUCUGAAGACAGUAGGCUGUAGAGCAAGUAUUAGGUUUUAAAUUUUAUAAUGUUCCCCAUUUAAUCACAUUUGCUAGUAAAGAAUCCAGCUUUUUAUGAGAGCAGUCUGGGUCUUUAUUUUGUAUAAGUUCAUUUUAACUCAUCAGUUUAUCUACACAGAAAUUAAAAGACCAUCCAUUUUUAGUUGUAGGCUGUUUUGUUGUUGGCAUUAUCUUUUAGGUAUGAAAUCAUAGCUAAGGUAAACUGUAGGCAAGAGAGUCUUCCUUAAAACAGGGAUAAUAUUCAGGUUAUUAUAAAUAUCUAAGCUUGAAACAUAAAGCUACUGUAGGGUGAGAAAUCUCUGUAGGACUUUCUGGGGCUUCGGUACCAUUUACUCCCACAAUGAAGGGCUUAUGUAGGAGAAGAUAAUGGAAAAUAAACAUUAGUUUAAGGAAAGUAAAAGCUGCACUAAAAUUUUUAAGAGGAAAACUAGUAGCCAUUUAUUUGUGACAUUGCAUUAGUCCAAUUUUAGAAGGUGGCUUUUAAAGUGGAGCUCUCCAGCUCAUGCACUCUGGCUCCCCCUCUCUUCCUCACCCUAUUUCCCCCAUCUCCCUUCCCUUCCUAUCUUCCCUUCUUUCUUCUUCCCUCCCCUCCCUAUCUCUUAAACACACACACACACACACACACACACACACUAGACAUUAAGACUUAAUAGAAGAAAUACAAGCAUGUUAGGAAGUUGUCUCGUGUUUUAUUAUUUGCUUGCUGAGAUUGGAGUGUUAGAAGGAAAAUAGAGGAUUGGUGUUUUUUUGUUUUUUGUUUUUGUUUUUGUUUUUGUUUUUUUGGUUUUUUUUUAGUUUCUUCACCACAGCCCCGUGUACAUACUGACAUUCUACUGAAGAAUUAAUUCUUUUUAAUGCUUUUCACCAUGGUAUCCUUCAGUAAUCAGCUUUCCUCCUCAGUUUGCUAACUCCUUGGCUUCUCUGAAUGUAGUAAUGCAGUUUUAUCAUGGAUUAAAACACCAAGCAGGUUAAAAUGUUAAUGUUAAAAGCCCAGCAAAAAAGCAUUUCUUCACUUGAUAAAACAAAGGGGAUGGUAAUAGUACUUGAAGAGAGGAGCGAUUUAUUACAUGCUUAACUUAUUUAUUGUGAUGGACACAGUUGCAAAAGAAGCAAAGCACUCAGGAUUUGUUUUAAAGUGUUUCUCUGUGGCUCCCAUUUUGUUUUAUGAAUAGUAUUUAUGAAUUUCAUGUUAACACAAAACUAGUAGGCAGCUCAAUUUAAGUGAGUUUCAAGAAAAUUUUCAAAGAGAUAUUAAAGUUAACCUUAAGUUUUAGAAGAUAACACGAAAGCAUUCACUGUACUCUCCUGACUAGCCAAGCUUUUCUUUUACCUUAAUUCAAAAAUAAAUCAGAAGACUACAAUCUGAAUAUUUAACAAAUAUGAUAGAAGAGUUAAUUUAAUAAGGGUCCGUUCCGCAGAUUUGAAAGUAGGGUAUUAACAUAUUCUAAUAAAUCAAUGGUGCUAGAGUUGGCUCAGAGGUUUAUCUAUGGAUAUGUCCUAGUUACUGGCAUAUGUGUGUGUUUGCUGUUAAUUUGAUUUAAUGAUUUGUUAGGUUUUUUUCCUUGAUAAUAGUUAUUUCUUCACUGUACAUUGAGAUACAGCACUACUGCACACCAAAGUAUGUAAUGCCCAAAGGAAACUGUGUGAUUUCUUCUUACAAAUGAUGGGAGCCUUUCUCAGUGAGAUACUCUGAAAAGGAGACUUUGAGGCCAUUCUAAUCCCUUGUUUACAUUGUUAGCUUCCUACUAAUAUAAAAAUAAUGGAAAUCUUUUUUUGAUAAAAAAAAAACAAAAAAGUAUAGAGACUGGAGGAUUUUUACCCCCGCCCCCUGUACAGUAUUGCAGCAAACUCUUCAAAUUUGGCUGAAUUCGUCCAGCAAACUUUUUGGGGUUCAUAUAUUGCACUAAAUUUGUUGAACCUGUGGUAGGCACAUCUCUUAGGAUAAAUGCAACCAGUACAGUCCACAGAUUAAAAUUUUUAAAUGUGUUUCAUUAUGAAAAGACAAAAUAUCAUCAAAGUGACAGAUGAAAUUGUCUUAUGUAGCAAUGUGCACUGAUCUCAAUGAGAUAUUUCUAUUUCUUAUUCUCUUACAUGAGAAUAUUACAGCAGGAAGAAUUAAGUUUAGUUUGCUUCACCAUGUUAAUACAUGAUCACAAAAUGUGCAUGAGUGUUCUUGACUUAUCUUGUACAGUACUAGGUAAUCCUGUAACCACUUUUUUUCCCCUCUUGGCUGUAUUGAAACUGGCUCUGUGUUAACCAGGUGAGCAUAGUUAUUCACAGGUUAUUUUGCUUUUUUAAUGUUUACUAAUUCUGCUUAGUUGUUGAAUAUGUUCUUUUCUUGGGAUUUUUUUUCAUUGUUUUGAUGUUUAAAACAUUUUUGCAUACUGUUUCAUCAUGAUAAGACUUCAUGAAGUGAAUAAUUUUGCAUAUAAUUGCAAUAAGCACUGACUUUUGAACUGAGAAAGAAGGAGCGUGUUUUGUGCAGUGCAUCUGAGGUUCAGAUAACAGUCUUGUACUACAGUGUGCUUACUACCCAGAGGUGACAGAGCAAGCCUGUCCCCGUGUGUUUCCUUUAGUGCAGAGUCAGGCCCUGGUGCUUUGUUGUCUGUUGUACCUGCUGAGAUUACAGUAGUUGAGCAUCGCACAGUAGCAUUUCAGUUCUCUUUUUUUAUUAAAAGUGCUCAAAUUGUUUUUUAAAUGUUUUCAAAAACAAUUAAAAACAUUUUAUAUUAUACUGA